AUGGAAGAGUUGAAUGAAGCAAAUUACGAUACACUUGAAUGGCUUCCCCAAAAUGCUCCUUAUGUAGAAGUUGAUCCGGAAAAGAUAAAAUUAAUUAAAACUCCAACGGAAUUUUACGAAAAAUUACUGUGCUUGAUUCGAGAAGCGAAAGAAAGAAUCAUAAUCUCAACCUUAUACUUCGGUAACGGCAGUUAUGAAAAAGCUCUGGUGGACGAAUUGGAGAAAGCAUUGGCUAUGAAUCCAAGUUUAAAAAUGAAUAUCCUUGUGGAUUGUCUGAGAGGUACACGUGGUACAACAGAAAGCAAUUCAAUCGUGUUAUUAAAAAGACUGACACCUCGUGCAUCAGUGUAUUUAUUCCAUACACCUUGUUUGCGUGGUUUGAAGAAAAUGGUGCUGCCUGAAAAAGUGAAUGAAGUGAUCGGUUUGCAACAUAUGAAACUUUUAGUAUUCGACAAUCAUAUCAUCUUUACCGGGGCUAAUCUUUCAGACAUUUAUUUCACAAAUCGAUUGGAUAGAUAUAUAGUUAUUGAGAAUUGUCCGCAACUUGCAAAUUUUAUUGAUUCAUUGGUUGAAGCUGUUGGAUCAUGCUCAUUCAUGUUGAAUACGCAAGGAACUACCAGUUUAGCGAAAAGAUGCGAUAUUCAUCCUUUUAAAGGGAGUCAUGAGGCAUAUAAGAGUAUGUUGUACGAUCGAGUCAUGUCAACGCUGAAUGCAUUUAGCAAAGAAUGUGAUUUGGGGAACCGUUUUUCUACUGGUACACGGAUAUAUCCGUUGUUACAAAUGGGCAUCGUGUCGAUCAAUCAGGAAUUCAAGUUUUUAAAAAAAUUGUUAUCCAUGCAGAAUCAUCAAUUAUCAUUAACAAUAUCAUCGGGCUAUUUUAAUUUCACUGACACUUACAUUGAUCUCAUAUCAAAUCAAAAUUGCUUCGAAAUGGAUGUCAUUUAUGCAUCACCUCAAGCAAAUGGAUUCUAUCAAGCAUCCGGUUUGUUUGGUUUCAUUCCGCUGAUGUACGUUCAUAUAUCACAUCUUUUCUAUAAAAUAGUGGGUUCGACUAUUCGAAUGUUCGAAUAUAAUAGACCAGGAUGGACCUAUCACGCAAAAGGUCUAUGGAUUGAUUCCAAGCAGUCAUCGCUUUCAGCUACUAUAAUCGGCUCAUCCAAUUUCGGUCAUCGAUCUGUACAUCGAGAUCUCGAAGCGCAGUUCCUUAUAACUACCUGUAGUGAGAAAUUGAAAAGAGGACUGCAGGAGGAGUGUUCGCGAAUAUUGGAUUAUACAACAAAAGUGGAUGCUGCAACUUUCUUACAACGUGACCAUUUCGUUCCAUUCUGGAUUCGUUUAAUUUCCCGGUUUAUUCGAAAUUAUUUCUGA